CCAAAUUGAAGCACCAUGAGCGUUGUCCUAAAUUCUCAUUUUAGCUCCCAAAACAAAAACCAAAGCCAUCAUCAUCCACCGAAGACGAAGAAGAGAAGUAGAAAGCUGCGAUCUCUCUUCUUGCUCGAUCAGGAUUCCAAUUUAGGGAUCUUGCCAAUCGGCCGAUUUGAUCUCGAGCCUCGAAGAUGAAUUCGAACUAUGGCAAACCCAAUAACCCCCAACGGAGCUCCGGUUCUCUCAACAGCUUCGAUUUCGAUAUCGGAAUCGGUUCCAACAAACCUAGGUCCUUGAACGAUCAGAGGAACAAGACGACCUCCUUCUCGUACGCCGCCACGUCGUCGCCUGCCCAGCCGUCGAGGCCCGCGUGGUCCAACAAGCCCUCAUGGACCCACCAGCCCGCUGCCGCCGCUCCGGCUCAGUCUGCGGGAGCAGGUUCCCUAGGCGGGCCCACGUCGAUGGUUGGCGACAUCUUCGGCAAGAGCUGGUCGUCGUCGUCGACGACGAGUUCUAUGGGCUCGGGGUUGGGGAUUGGGAUCGCGAAGAAGGACCCGCACUUGUUUGGGGAUUUGGUUAGCUCGGCCUUAGGAGGGCAGGGAAAGGGCAGCAGUAGCAAUGUCCCGUUGAAGAACGUGACGCCGACGCCAGCUGCAUCGGCUAGCAAGACAACAUAUUCGAUGGGGAAUUUGGCGGAUUCGCUGCCGAAAUCUGGCAAUCCAAUGAACAUUAGUGGAAGUUGGGGAUCUGGUGGUUCUAGCACUGGUGGCGUUGCGGGUGUCAAUUGGAAUGGCGUUAAUACCAAUAAUAAGAGUGCAACUCCCGGAGGUCCUCCGUCGGGAAAUAUGGCUGCUGCUGCUGCUGCUGCUACUGGUGGAGGUGGAAUCAAUACCAAUAAGGAUCCGUUUAGUAAUUUGGUUGGUUUUGGAUCAAAACAGCAGUCAGGCAGUCUUAACUCGGCAAGCAAGGUGAGUGCUAAGACUAGCACAAGUAGUCAGGAUUUUGGAGAUUUUCAGAAUGCUCCAACAUCUGGUACAGCAACAUUCUCGUCGAGUGGGUUUUCCACAAAUAAAAGCAAUGUUACAGCAUCAAAUAUGAGCUUUGAUUCGAAAAUGGAUGAUUUCGGGAUGCCUGCCAAGGAUUUCAGUCAGCAGAAUCAGAUUCCUGGUCAGAGCUCAGGCGCCGACAGUUUCGAUGUGUUGUUCUCUUCAUCCUCUGGCUCGGCUGCUGCUGCUGGUGCCACUGGAGGACAGCAAGCUGUGGAAGUGGAUGACUGGGGUUUGGAUUCAGAUUUAGGAGGAGGAAACGAGGGCAGCGGCUCCACCACGGAGCUUGAGGGGCUUCCCCCUCCUCCCUCAGGCGUAUCAGCUUUGACCGCUAAGAACAAGGGCAUGGACAAUCAGAAGCAAGGGCAAUAUGCCGAUGCCAUUAAGUGGUUGUCAUGGGCUGUUAUUCUCCUCGAAAAGGCUGGAGAUAAUUCUGCAACCAUGGAAGUCUUGUCAUGCCGAGCCUCAUGUUACAAAGAAGUUGGAGAGUAUAAGAAGGCUGUGGCAGACUGUACAAAGGUGCUAGAACAUGAUGAUGCAAAUGUAGCCGUUCUUGUACAGCGAGCUCUCUUGUAUGAGAGUAUGGAGAAGUACAGACUUGGUGCAGAAGACCUGAGGACGGUGCUGAAGAUUGAUCCUGGUAACAGAGUUGCUCGAAGCACUAUUCAUCGUUUGAACAAAAUGGCAGAUUAAGCAACCAUCUGAAACUUUACUCAAAAGAAGAAAAAUUUCCUCAAGCCAUGAGCCAUACUCUUACCCUUCUCACAAUUUUGUUGGGGAAUAGUACAAAUCUUAUUGCUUAGUCCGAGAUUUGAGAUUUACGUGGUUGUGAAACGCCGAGUGUAUCACGUAUUGUGUUUGCUUCCGAUGUGAUCGGAUGCUACCUGCAACUAAUUCUUUAUUGUCACUUCAUAAUGGUUUGAGAUUUUUGAGUCU